UGUCAAGGUAAAUGUUUUCUAAGCUGUUGUUUUUUAUUGCAUUAAUCUUUUUUUUAAAGUUAAUAGGUCACAUGGAGGCGCUGUGGCUGAGUGGUAAAGCGAUUGGCUUCGAAACCGGGGAUUCCGGGUUUGCAUACAGAUUUUUGUAACAUUAAAAACUACACUCCUCAAUGUCAAUACGCCUGUCGUUGUAAUGGAUCAUGUGACUCUAUUGGGAACUGUCUUGGAUCAUCCUGCAGUGACGGAUGGUUCGGCACCGCAUGUCAGUACUCGGAUGUAACAAACAACGCAAUGAUAUUACCUAAAAGUGCAGAAACGUUGCGAGCAAACUCUUCAAGACAAGAUUGUGGUCAGCGAGUGGGUCCUCAUUUUGUUAUAUUAACUUGGAAUUUAGCACUGCCAUUUACCUGGUUAAGAAUAAAAAUAAUAAAUAAAACAACUUUUAAGAACAUUAGUUUAAGUUUAAAUGAUGCCUUAUGUCAAAGAACAAAAAUAUUUUCCACUGAUGAUACUACUUUGGAUCUCUAUUGUGACAACAAUGUUUCUAUGACAACCCUAAAACUUGAAGGGGACAGUGUAGGAAAUAUUUGCACUAUAUUUGUCAGUGGAGGUCGUAAUUUUGCACUUUUCCAAAAGACUGAACAAUCAUCUACCCAUGAAUCACACAACUAUGACUCGCAGUUUGCAGUUGAUGGAAUGGUCAGGUUCCAUUGCAUAUUUUAUGGUUGUAGUCAUACAAAUCAGAGAGAUUUAUGUCCCUCGUGGACAGUACGUUUUGAUCAAGACUACUACAUUUAUAAAUGUGUUAUAUAUAACAGAAUAGAUGCUGAAAGACAACGAUUGAAAGGCUUUGUACUUGAAAUGCUGGACCAAAGAAAUUCAACAUUAUUUCGUUACGAAGAUUCAGAACCAACAAAACUUGUUUACACAGUCUUAAAUUUGAACGGUGGUUCUGUCGCUGCUAUUAAUGUCAGCCAGAAAAAUUGGUACGGUCCAGAUCUCGUGCCUUAUGUAUCUAUCAAUGAAUUUGAAGCCUAUGGAGAAUGUCUUCCUGGAUUUUGGGGCUUAAGCUGUAAGGAACGUUGCCCGACUUCCUGCAGUUCGUCCUGUCAUGCAGAACAUGGAAAGUGUAACACAAUCUGUAUUGGCUAUGCAGAUCCACCACUGUGUUCAAUUGAAUGUGACUCUACAAAAUGGGGACCUAACUGUUCUAAUAACUGCAGCGCCUCUUGCUACAACUCCUCCUGUGAUAAACUCACUGGCAUGUGUUUGUUUGGAUGUCUGGGAUAUCAAGACUUUCCUUAUUGCACUACAGAAUGCAAUGAAACGUCUUAUGGUCUAAAUUGUAGCAACACUUGCCCUAGUAACUGUAUUAAUGGAACUUGCGACUCUAUCACUGGGAAAUGUUCAGGCUGUAUGCCUGGCUUCAAAGGGGUCUUUUGCAACAUUGCGUGUGACGCCACAUUUUUUGGUUCAACUUGCAAAGAAAGAUGCUCAACACAAUGUUCUCAAAAUGCUUGUGAUUCUAAAACAGGAAAGUGUUUCACCUGCCUACCAGGUUAUAAAGGCGACUUUUGUAAUAUAAUUUGUGAGUUUACACAUUAUGGUCAAAAUUGUUCAAGCACCUGUAGUCCAUCAUGUAUUGACCAAUUGUGUGACCGGCAUGAUGGACACUGUCUAAGUUGUAACAAAACAAUGUAUGGCAAGCAAUGCAAAGAAAAAUGUCCCAUGUAUUGUCUGAAUGAUUCAUGUGAAAUGUUUUCUGGUAAAUGUAUGGCAUGCAAACCUGACUAUGUAGGAGACUUUUGUGACAAGAGUCCAAAUGCACAGGACAUUUCAGUAGCUGUUGGUGUCGGAGUUGGUUUAGGUGCUGCUGUAGUUCUGUUGAUAGUUCUUGUUGUUGUUGUUGUUUACAAAAGACGAGUCAGACAAAGGAAACAAGAAACAGUCGAUGGUGUAGACAAUGUCGCAAAGUUACAAGAAGAAGAUCAUUACGACACAGUUCAACCCCAUGAGAUUUACGACACUGACUCAUUACAUGAUCAUUAUGACUCUGUACCAAAUGAAUUGAACGACAUAGAGAAAGCUAAUGAAAGGCAUUAUGAGAUACAAUCAAGUCAACAAACAUACGACCAGCUAUCCUUUGAUAUUGAUGAUACCGGCAAAGUACAUUAUGAGAAAGUGUCAAGCCCAAAGCAAAAUGAAAAUAUAUCAAGGCUAAAACAAUAUGAAAAUGUUUCAAUCGAAGACAAAUAACAUCAAUAAAUGAUACACUUAAUAAAAUUUUGAGGUAUUUUU